UAGCAGCCAUCGCUUGUCGGCAGAAUACAAGAAAGAAGAAUAUUUUUAGUGCAAGUUAUCAAUUUAUCAGGUUGAUUGUUUCAAGUGAAAACAUGUCCACCUAAAGUCAUCAGUAUUUUAUCUACCGUUUUCUCUAAUUCAUCCAACUGAAUUGUGAUCGAGGGAAAAGUGGACUUCGAAAGUGGAGAAUUCAAAAAAAAAUCCUACUUUACCAUAUAAAUAUGUGCUAAACUAGAUGACAUGAGUAUGUUACACCAUGACAUCAUGAACAGGAUGAACACCCAGGACAGAAUCACCCCAUCACCCUCGUCAGGGCCCAUCCCCAAUCAGGUCCACCAUUUCGACAGUGAUGCCGUCAGUGUGUGUCCCACGUCGGAUGGAGUUUCCAUAUUCAGGUGCAACCUCUGCGGAAAGUCGUACGGCACGUGGGGUCAGAUUCAGAUGCAUUUGGAUACACACAGACUUGCGAAAAGACCCGAUGUAAAGAACACGAUGACCACCAGCGAAUCGGACUGUUCGUUUGGUUUGUCUAACCCACAGCACUUCGCACGGUCGCCAUCCGUACAUGUGGAUGAGCGGAAAGUGAUGGAAGGUAUGAACACAAACACAGAUAAAAUGACAGACUGUAGCUUCGAAGCGUGUCAGUCGGAUCCGGUGUUUCCAAGAGCCUCCAGCAUUGCCGAGGACUCUUCCACUUCAAACAGUGUGUCCACUGCCAAGCCCCAGAUGCAGCAGACGGCAAACCUGAUGGACAAGGCCGACGGCGGUUUUGGCAAUCGACAGAACAAGCCUGUGGAAAACAUAAACACUGGUGAUCCUCUUACUCUGUACAUUUGUAACCUGUGUGGAACGUCAUUCGAGACUAAGCAUCGUCUGGACGGCCACCUUGCUGAACACAGGAGCAAGAAUGAAGAAAAGCAUGUGGACGAUUAUUCCUUUGGCUGCAACCUGUGUUCGAAGUCGUUCACGGCCCAGGAGCUGUUUGAUGAGCACAUGAGCUCCCACAGACAGGACCGCGUGGCCAGCUACAUGACAUACACGGCUCAAGCCGACAUGCCAUACACCUGUAACAUCUGCAGAGAGGGCUUCGAAAUCCUCGACGAUCUUCGCAAUCACAUUGACGUGCACACCAGCGUGCACUCGUUGAACAACAUUUCAGGUGGCGAUGGCAGCGGCAGUGUCAAAAAUAAAUGCUUCUCCUGUCAGAUCUGCGACAAGUCUUGUUCCAGCUGGGAGCAGCUGAAGUCGCACGUGACCAAGCACGAAAGCGUCGUGAUGGGCGGAGGGCAGGACGCGACCGAAGGCCGGCAGUUCCAGUGCGACAAGUGUAAGAAGUCGUUCAACGUCUGGGGACACCUGAAGGCUCACCUGAUGCGGCACCAGAACGAGGCGCUGUCGAAGAACUAUGUGCCCAGCACGCACGGCUCCAUGGUGUUCAGCUGCGAGGUCUGCGACAAGGUGUUCGUCGCAAAGUCCCACCUCCUGGGUCACAUGAAGACACACACGGACCCCGUGGCCUGCGACGUGUGCGGGAAGCUCUUUCAGACCCAGCAGCACGUCAACCGCCACAAGGUGAUGCACACGGGCGAGCGGCCUCACAAGUGCGACGUAUGCGGGAUGCGCUUCAUGCGCAAGGAGCACUGCAAACGGCACAUCCUGACCCACAUCUCGGACAAGUCGCUGCUGGCGACAUGCGAGAUCUGCGACAAGUCGUUCAGCCGUCCCGAGCACCUCCAGCGCCACUACCGCAUGCACACGGGGGAGAAGCCAUUCAAGUGCGACAUCUGUGUGAAGGAGUACUCGCGCAAGGACCGCCUGCAGCACCACAUGAAGAGCCACGAGAGAGAGGUCCGCCAGGUGCUCAGCGAGAGUUCUGAGUCCGUCUCGGACUCAGUGGACUACAACUUUGCGCGGUUCUCGGCUCAGAACCUGGCCGGUGUCGACUCGUUGGGUGGAGAUUCCACUUCAGGAGGGCCCAGACCAUCCAUCUCCACGCAUCAGAGGAUGCAGAACAGUCAGUCGAAGACGGCUACAGGGAGAAAUGUGAACGUUUUCAAUCCAUGUAAUAAGUCUCCACCUCUGGUUACGUCGGCUACAGUUCUGUCCUCCGUAGGACUGGUGUCAUCGAGUGUGGUGUCCAAAUCUCGCAUGACACCCGAUGAAGGAGGAUCUAACUCUAAGCCUUUGCAGAUGUCUGCUGCCAAAACAUCUCCAUCGAAGAAAGAUCUCCAUGACGUCGGUUUCGGUCAUUCAUCGGCAUCUUUCAGAGAAGACGGAUCGGCGUCUACCCUCUCAUCGCAGAACAUUUCAACAAAUCUCCACCAGAGUACUGAUCACACUAUAAACCGCAUGUUUUCAGACCAGCCUUCUGGACACGACAAUUCCGUGCACACUCAGAAAUCUGUUGGCUCCUAUAUUCCCAGUUGUCUCCCUUUGACUGUGGAAAGCAUGAGCCACUGCAAACCGAGCUAUGUGCCGCAUCUCUCUGAUUUUGCAGCGAGUAUGGGACAGAGAUCGCAGGUUUGUUCCUCAGUGAUUCCCGUCUCCGCUAGAAGUAUCGCCCACUGCCAGACAUCCUUUGUACAGUCGGCGUCUGUUCUCUGUGAUAACCAGUCUCUACAUAAUGAUCGGUACGACGUCAAGCCCUCUGUGAAUGUGAUGGGUCAGCCGUGUGUCGACAGCAGUUCUCGAGGGGUACAUGGGUCGCUGAGUAAUCUCCAGGCAGGCGACUUGUCACGCAAAUGAGGCAGUAUUGCUGGAGUUUGUGUUCCAGUGCUUUUUAAAAAAGUAACUGAUUAAAAUACACAAAACUGAGGAAGUGUUUCAUAGUUUUUCAGUGCUUUUUAAAGAAAAAGUAACUGAUAAAAUACACAAAAGUGGGGCAUUGUUGCUUUUUCUGUACUUUUAAAAAAGUAACUGAAAAAAACCCACAGAACUGAGGCAAUGUUGACAAUAGUUAGUUUUUCAGUGCUUUUAAAAAAGUAACUGAAAAAAUACACAAAAAUUAGGCAUAUAUUGCCAUAGUAGUUUCCAAGUGCUUUUAAAAAAGUAACUGACGAAAUGCACAAAAGUGAGGGAUAGUUGAUUUUUCAGUGCUUUUUAAACAAAAAGUAACUAAUAAAAUACACAAAACUGGGGCAUUGUUGGUUUUUCAGUACUGUUUAAACAAAAGUAACUGAUAAAAUACACAGAACUGAGGCAAUGUUAACAAUAGUUGGUUUCCCAGUGCUUUUAAAAAUUUAAUUAAUAAAAUGCACAGAAGUGAUGAUGCUAUAUUUUCACAGUGCUUUUGAAAAAAGUAACUGAUGAAAUAAUUUUACUCUUGGUGUUGCAAACUGUAUAGAGUGCAUAAUGAUAAAUCUGUAUGGACUAAAGAAUAGUUCAACACGGAUGAGUAAUAUUUUAUAGUAUUAACAUUGUGUAUACAGUUAUCUAGAAUUGUAUAGAGUUGUCUAGAUGCAUCGUUAUUCAUCAUCAUGCUUUGUGCACUGCAAGUGUAAAUCUGUCGGUACAGUUUAACAGGAGGCCUUUUACAAUUUGUGCUUUUACUAUUUCUUGUUUGCAGUAUAUACUGCUAGGGCUUUAAAAAAAUAUAUAUAUAUAUACAUGUAUAUAUUGUGUGUUUCUGGGAACCAAAUCCUUGCCUCAGGGUGCAAAAUGGUGAGUAAAACACUCAUCUAUGUGAAUCAACUUCUACUAUAUUAUAUAGUAAUUAAAACUUGCAAAACACAUGUGUAUUCUGGCGAGUGUAUCAUUUUAUCACAUAUCAGAUUCUGGUUGUUGUUAUGAGAUAAAUUUUAUUUUACAAUAUUGACAUUUAAAUUUAUAAGCUAGUGAUUUAUUUAUUUAUUUACUGUAAACCGUGAAAAAAAUGCGUGCGUA